CUGAUACUAGACGAUGCGACCUAUCCGUGCGCGCCCUCACAUAUACAAGAUACCGAGGUGAUCAUAUUUCACUACAUUUCUCUGACCAAACACGCAAGGUGCCGUGAAGAAGCUCACAGAGACCGGUGUCACGCUGAUCGGACCACAUACACACUACAGCAAAGCGACAUCGUUUCGCUUUUACUUUGUCCUCGAUGAUGGCAGCUCAGGAUUUCAAUUUUUUACUCGCCACAGACUCUUAUAAGAUUACCCACUACAAGCAAUACCCACCCAAUAUAAAUAAAGUCUACUCCUAUUUCGAGUGCCGGCAUAAAAAGGGGGCGCAGUUCAGUGAGGUGGUGUUUUUUGGCCUGCAGUAUCUCCUGAAGAAAUACCUAACAGGUCCAGUCAUUACAGAGGAAAAGAUUCAGGAGGCAAAAGUGUUUUAUCAGAUGCACUUUAAACAGGCGGUGUUCGACGAAGAGGGAUGGAGGAAAGUUUUAGAGAAAUAUGAUGGCCGUCUUCCAAUCCGUAUCAAAGCAGUUCCAGAGGGGAAGAUCAUUCCCAGAGGGAACGUUCUUUUCACAGUGGAGAACACGGAUGCAGAUUUCUUCUGGCUCACCAAUUACAUUGAGACGAUGCUGGUCCAAAUGUGGUAUCCCAUCACCGUGGCAACAAUCUCCAGGGAGUUCAAAAAGAUUCUGGCCAAGCACCUGAAGGCCACGUCAGGGAACCUGGAGAGUCUGGACCUCAAACUGCACGAUUUCGGCUACAGAGGAGUGUCUUCACAGGAGUCAGCAGCGCUUGGUGGAGCUGCUCAUCUGGUGAAUUUCUGCAGCACAGACACAGUGGCAGGAUUGCUGAUGGCACAGCGAUACUAUGGAUGUCCAAUGGCUGGAUUCUCCAUCCCUGCAGCAGAGCACAGUACCAUCAUCUCGUGGGGACGGAGUCGAGAAAAAGACGCGUUCGAGUGUCUGCUGGACCAGUUUCCCUCUGGACCUGUGGCAGUGGUUAGCGACAGUUAUGAUAUUUUCAAGGCUUGUAAGCACAUCUGGGGAGACAAGCUGAAAGAGAGAGUGAUGGAGAGGAGUGAAGAUUCCGCCCUCAUUAUCCGCCCAGACUCCGGGGAUCCAGCUGAAACCCUCUUAGAGGUGAUAAAGAUUUUGGAGGAGUGUUUCGGAUGUUCUCUGAACUCGGUUGGUUACAAAGUGCUUCCGUCAUACCUGCGCAUUAUCCAGGGGGAUGGAAUUGAUUUGAACUCGAUAAAUGAGAUUCUGCAGAAACUGAGCGAUGAGGGUUGGAGUGCUGAAAAUGUGUUUUUCGGUUGUGGAAGCGCACUUCUGCAGAAAAUCAACAGAGACACACUUAACUGCGCAUUUAAGUGCAGCUAUGUGGAGACCUGUGGCAAAGGCAUGGAUGUCUAUAAGCAGCCAGUGACGGACCCAUCUAAAGGAUCUAAGCGUGGUCGUCUCUCUCUUAGAAGAAACUCCGAUGGCUUCAUUGAGACGGUGGAAAGAGGAGCUGGCAAACCAGAGGAGGACAUGCUGGUGACUGUGUUUGAAAACGGGACCAUCCUACAGGAGUACACUCUGGAUGAGAUCCGGAAAGCUGCUCAGCUUAGGGAAGAAGAUUUGAGCCCUUCCCUGCACAACAGAGAGGACGGCACAACUCUGGACAUCCACCAAAAGCACAUAAUGAAUGGCGUGCACUAAAUACAGUAUGCACAGACACGGUUCUCUAUGAACACUGCCCUCUACAGACCAACCACUCACACACGCUCUGCAACACUCAGAUGCCCAUCUGCACUCGCUUAUGGCAGUACUUCCAGUACACAUUUACAUAUCACAUCUGACUUGCGAAGCAGCCCAUACAUUUUUAAUCGGUUGCCAUAUAUACAUAUAUUUUUAUUAGUUCACUUUCUCUACUUUUUAAGAUGCCAAAUAUAUUUGUCGGUGCUUCAGCAGGAGAAUAUUGACCACAGGGUUUGCAUUUGCAUUUUCAGUCAGUUGUAAUAUUAUUAAAGGAAUAGUUCACCCAAAAAUACAU